AUGCCUAUCGAAUCAGCGUUAUCUACACCGUGGGUUUUUCUUAGCCCGACAACCUCGCUGCAUGCGAAUACAGUUGAUUGUGCAAAGUACUUUCUGGAUUCCCUUGCCCUGUCCGUCAGCAAUGCACAGCUUGCUCGUCAGCGCGUUAUGCGGAAGCGCAAGCGAUCGGAUUAUGAGCAAGAGACUCUGCAUAAAGUAUUACAGUUGAAGGAACUAUUUGUGCAAGGAUUUACUUCCGAUCAAAUAUGGGAACAGGCCACAAGAAUACUAGACUCUGCCAAGCAGGAAAUUGAGCAAGAUUCCGCUCUGAUUUCCCAGCAUGUCGAACCAGCUUUUCUGGACGCAAGAGCGUCACCCGUUCAGUCACGAGAGGCGAACUCUGAAAAUAUCUCUAAUCUUAGUGAUAUGUCGGUUUCUUCAGAAUCGGCCGCUGAUCGUUCAGACCGCGACUCUGCUUCUGAUGAUGAUAUGGAAGAUAUGGAAUCCGUACCAGAAUCACUGAGCAUGGCUGAGGGCCACUCAGACGAAGAUAGUAGGACUGAUGUGGAAGAGUCGGAGAAUGAUAACCACAAUAGCCGCGAUACCUACGUACAAGACGCGUUCGGACUGAACGACGGCUUUUUCUCCAUUGACGAAUUCAACAAGCAGUCUGAGUUUCUCGAGAGGCAAGAUGCAAAGGGCGAAAUAGAUGACGAUUUGGAGAGCGAUGAAGAGGAGAUAGACUGGCACGUCGACCCCUUAGCUGGUGGAGGUUCUGUGCCUUCCCAAACCACACAGCCAACAGCACAGAGAUCGAAGGGUUCUUUCGAGGACGGAAGUGAGAGCAGUAGUGACGAGGAGGGGCCGACUUUCGAUAACGUCGCCGUCGAAAAUGACAUCGAUUCAGAGGGUGACGAUGCAUAUGCAAUUAGUGCGGAUACCACUAAUUGGAUGAAUACCAGUGAUAUCAAGUACUCGGACUUUUUUGAGCCUCCUCCACGGAAGGCGACUUCCACGAAAACGCGUCCUCUUCCGAAAACACAACCUCAUAGGGCUCCUGUCGAAACUGACAUCGAUCGCGCGAUUGCUGACGUUAGGCGCGACUUGCUUGAGGACGAUGAGUCGCUAGAUGGAAACGAUUCUUCCGAUAAUGAGCUAGCGGGUUCUAAACAUCAGCAUUCGGCUCAUGAGAAACAACGUGCGCGGAUUGCCGACGAGAUCCGUCGCUUAGAGGCUGCUAAUGUGGCGAAGAAAGAUUGGAUGCUUGCUGGUGAAGCUCGAGGCGCUGAAAGACCUAUGAACUCCCUAGUUGAAGAAGAUUUGGAUUUCGAGAGGGUGGGAAAGCCGGUACCUGUUGUCACGACGGAACUUUCUGGGGACAUUGAGGAGUUGGUUAAGCGUCGAAUAUUGGCGAAGGAGUUUGAUGAAGUAAUACGCCGCCGUCCUGGGAUUUCGGAAGGGCAGACUGCAAAGAAAGGGAGAUUUGAGCUGGAAGACACCAAGCCUCAACAGAGCCUGGCCGAGCUCUUUGAGACUGAUCAUCUCAGGGCCACAGAUCCAAACUAUGUCGACCCGAAGAAUCAUAAACUUCUACGAGAACAUACUGAGAUUUCAAACCUUUGGAAAGAGAUAAGCGACCGCCUGGAUACGCUGUCGAACUGGCAUUACAGACCGAAAGCUCCUCAAGCAAAUAUCAACGUGAUCACGGAUGUCGCUACCAUUAUGAUGGAGGAUGCGCAGCCUGCAGCUAGCAGCGCUGUUGGCGGGUCAGCGGCCCUUGCUCCUCAGGAAAUUUACGCUCCGGGUGAUAACGGCAAGGUUGCUGGAGAAGUAACACUCAAGAAUGGAGAAUCUUUCGCCAAGGAUGAAAUGACGCGCGAUGAGAAGUCCAAGCUAAGGAGGAAGCAGAAGAAGCAGAGAAAGUCUGACUCCGACCCUGCGAAAAAACAAUCAGGGAAAGCCGCUGAAAAACAACAAAUCGUCUCAACGUUGAAGAAGAGCGGUGUCAAGGUGAUUGGUAGAGAGGGCCACCUCACUGAUGUUUAUGGUGCCAGAGACCGGGAAAGCACCGUCAAAACUGGCGCCGAUAUGCUCAAGCUGUGA